AUCCUAUCCACGGAUGGCUGGAUAAGCUGGAAUUGUUCGAGAGAAGUCGAAGCCGCGCUCUAGGCACGGUAUGACGGCUUCCGGCUCCGUGUGCUGCACUGGUAGGAACGAAACGGCACAUUGUCCGUCGGGCGAGUCGCGGCGAGCAGACGAUAUGUUUACGACCAGGGUGGUUUCGCACGCGGCACCGAUCCGCGCGAGGAGCAGUAACUCUGGAGCACGCCGAACAAAGGCAGCUUUAAGCGAGGCUCGAUCAGCUUGUACGGCGAUGCCGCUGCGUGGUUCGCACUGCUGCGGCGCUACGCUUUGGCUGACCGCUGUCGCCGCGCUUGUGACUGCAUGCGGCGCUCUCGAGCCCGAGUGUCUUCAGCCUCUGGAGCGAGGCUCGUGCGACCAUCUGCACGGCCGUUUCUUCUACAACGCCACCAGCCACCAGUGCCAGGAGUUCUUCUGGCUCGGGUGCGCCGAGAACGCGAACAACUUCGAGAACCGCGAGGACUGCGAGAAGGAGUGCCAGCACUCGGGAAUACCUCUGCCAAGACCUAAAGACGGGCCUGGCCGGCGCAACGCCAUCUGCUAUCGGCGCCCUCGACGAGGUAAUUGCAAGGCCAUCCACCGGCGCUGGUUCUUCAACUACCGCACCCUCAUGUGCGACCGCUUCCUCUGGGGAGGCUGCGAUACCAACGGCAACAACUUCCACACCCGGCGUGACUGCCGCGUGGCCUGUUCACUCGAUUCUCCGCUCACUGAAAACGACAGAUUAAACAGUGGCGUAUAGACUGCCAGUGCGGGGUUUUUUCAAGUUGAUCAAAUGAAACAAAUGACACAUACGCAACUCGCACCUAUGAACAAACUAAUGGGCUAAUGAAGCUGUAAUCGAGGCUCCAUCAUGGGUUCGCCUCGAUGUUCCCGCUGGUUGAGUCCAAUAGUGUGACUUGCUCAUUUAAUAACGCACUGGACAGCGUUAGGCCUACUGACAAAAAGGCUGACAUUAAAGUGCAGAUUUACGGAAAUUAUAAUUUAGAACAAUGCAGAGAAAUAGAAAAAUAAAUGUUAAUCAAGGCAGCUAUAUCGCGCAAACAGAAUCUGUACUUAUAGUGUUCAAUACUUUCGGCAAGAUCUGCCUUGAAACGUGUUCAUCUUAAAAGCAACACAAGUGGGAACUUUCAUAUUUGUGUUCGAAGAUCAGGAAGUGCAUACAUUAAACUACAUUUAUAUUCAUGCAGAAAAAUAUAGUAACAAAUGGAGGAAUUAAGUAAUCACGUCAGGGUAAUAGUUCCUGCCCUUACAUACUUUAGAAACCUUAUUUCAAGACUGCCAAAAAUUGCUAGAAAUGGAGCACUCAAGUUAAAAAUGCAGUCUUUUAGAAAACGGAUUCCACGCGCAGCUCGUGACGUGCCCGAGGUUACGCGUUUAAGCUUUCUCGCUCUAAUUGUUUCAACACACUAAGUUAUCUAUUAAGUUAGUGCAGUUACGUGGCUACUGAAAAUGGAAAGUUUGUAGCCAUACCGACUAUAAGUGACCUCAUAUCAGUUUUCAAAUCGCGCGAGAGGUCCUUCUAUUCCCCGCAGCCCAGAAAGUUUUUCAAUUUCUCGCUGCAAAACUGCAACUGAGCGCUUGAGAAGCGCA